AUGUGUCCCCUUAAGAAGUCUAAGCUGACAGGAUAUUGCUAUGGCCCAAGAGAGGAAGCUGCAAAGCUACCUUCUAAACAACAGACUGGUCCUAUCCACCAGAUUGUGACGGUUAAUGAGGACACUCUGAUGGCCAUGAUAGACUCAAUGCUAUUUCCUGUGGCCAUACCACCAUGCUCCAUAACCACUGCAAAAUUAGUAAGUGCCCUGGUCCAGCAGUUUUCCAGAGUGGGUAUUCUAGAGAAGAUCUUCAUGGACCAGGGGACAAACUUCCCAUCCAGACUGGUGAGACAGCUCCGCUCUGAAUAUCUGACUGAUAUCGAAAUUGACGCAAUAGACAUAACAGUCCUGAAACUCCUGAGGAACCUUUUGGAGACACUCAGUUUACGCUUAAUAAAUAGUAACAUCAAUAUCACUGAAAUACACAUCACUACAGCUGAAUAUCUGACUGAUAUCGAAAUUGACGCAAUAGACAUAACAGUCCUGAAACUCCUGAGGAACCUUUUGGAGACACUCAGUUUACGCUUAAUAAAUAGUAACAUCAAUAUCACUGAAAUACACAUCACUACAGCUGAAUAUCUGACUGAUAUCGAAAUUGACGCAGUAGAUAUAACAGUCUUGAAACUCCUGAGGAACCUUUUGGAGACACUCAGUUUACCCUUAAUAAAUAGUAACAUCAAUAUCACUCAAACACACAUCACUACAGCUGAAUAUCUGACAGAUAUCGAAAUUGACGCAGUAGAUAUAACAGUCCUGAAACUCCUGAGGAACCUUUUGGAGACACUCAGUUUACCCUUAAUAAAUAGUAACAUCAAUAUCACUCAAAUACACAUCACUACAGCUGAAUAUCUGACUGAUAUCGAAAUUGACGCAGUAGAUAUAACAGUCCUGAAACUCCUGAGGAACCUUUUGGAGACACUCAGUUUACCCUUAAUAAAUAGUAACAUCAAUAUCACUCAAAUACACAUCACUACAGCUGAAUAUCUGACUGAUAUCGAAAUUGACGCAGUAGAUAUAACAGUCCUGAAACUCCUGAGGAACCUUUUGGAGACACUCAGUUUACCCUUAAUAAAUAGUAACAUCAAUAUCACUCAAAUACACAUCACUACAGCUGAAUAUCUGACAGAUAUCGAAAUUGACGCAAUAGAUAUAACAGUCCUGAAACUCCUGAGGAACCUUUUGGAGACACUCAGUUUACCCUUAAUAAAUAGUAACAUCAAUAUCACUCAAAUACACAUCACUACAGCUGAAUAUCUGACUGAUAUCGAAAUUGACGCAGUAGAUAUAACAGUCUUGAAACUCCUGAGGAACCUUUUGGAGACACUCAGUUUACCCUUAAUAAAUAGUAACAUCAAUAUCACUGAAAUACACAUCACUACAGCUGAAUAUCUGACUGAUAUCGAAAUUGACGCAGUAGAUAUAACAGUCCUGAAACUCCUGAGGAACCUUUUGGAGACACUCAGUUUACCCUUAAUAAAUAGUAACAUCAAUAUCACUCAAAUACACAUCACUACAGCUGAAUAUCUGUUCGAGAUUGAGACUGACACAGUAGAUAUGAAAAUGUUGGAACUCCUGAGGAACCUUUUGGAGACACUCAGUUUACCCUUAAUAAAUAGUAACAUCAAUAUCACUGAAAUACACAUCACUACAGCUGAAUAUCUGACUGAUAUCGAAAUUGACGCAGUAGAUAUAACAGUCCUGAAACUCCUGAGGAACCUUUUGGAGACACUCAGUUUACCCUUAAUAAAUAGUAACAUCAAUAUCACUCAAAUACACAUCACUACAGUACCUCCUCUACCCACCCCACUGACACAGUCUGCUGAAAUCACAGUCAUCGCAACAACUGCUGUAACAACAAGCAACACAACUCCACCCACCACAUCCACAGCCAACACAACUGCUGCAAUGACAACCAACACAUCUACACCUGAAACAACAACUGCUGUAACAACAGCCAACACAAAUAUAGCAACCACAUCCCCAACCUACAUAACAACUGCUGCCACAAUAGCCAACACAAUUACAACCACCGCAUCCACAGCCUAUGUAACGACUGCUGCCACAACAGCCAACACAAAUACAGCAACCAUAUCCACAGCCUACAUAACAACUGCUGCCACAACAGCCAACACAAUUACAACCACCACAUCCACAGCCAACACAACAACUGCCUCAAUGACAACCAACACAACUACACCCGAAACAACAACAACUGCUGCAACAACAACCAACACAAAUACCGCAACCACAUCCCCAGCCUACACCGUUGCUGCCACAAUGGCCAACACAAUUACAACCUCCACAGCCAACACAGCAACUGCUGCAAUGACAACCAACACAACUACACCCGAAACAACAACAACAACUGCUGCAACAACAACCAAUACAAAUACAGCAACCACAUCCACAAGCAACACGACAACUGCUGCAAUGACAACCAACACAACUACACCCGAAACAACAACAACUGCUGCAACAACAACCAACACAAAUACCGCAACCACAUCCCCAGCCUACACCGUUGCUGCCACAAUGGCCAACACAAUUACAACCUCCACAGCCAACACAGCAACUGCUGCAAUGACAACCAACACAACUACACCCGAAACAACAACAACAACUGCUGCAACAUCAACCAAUACAAAUACAGCAACCACAUCCCCAGCCUACAUAACAACUGCUGCCACAACAGCCAACACAAUUACAACCACCACAUCCACAAGCAACACGACAACUGCUGCAAUGACAACCAACACAACUACACCCGAAACAACAACAACUGCUGCAACAACAACCAACACAAAUACAGCAACCACAUCCCCAGCCUACAUAACAACUGCUGCAACAACAGCCAACACAAAUACAACAACCACAUCCACAGCCUACAUAACAACUGCUGCAACAACAGCCAACACAAAUACAGCAACCACACCCACAGCCUACAUAACAACUGCUGCCACAACAGCCAACACAAUUACAACCACCACAUCCACAGCAAAUACAACAAUUGCUGCAAUGACAACCAAGACAACUACACCCGAAACAACAACAACAACAACUGCUGCAACAACAACCAACACAAAUACAGCAACCACAUCCCCAGCCUACAUAACAUCUGCUGCCACAACAGCCAACACAAAUACACCUAGGACAAACACAGCCAACUCUACAACUACUGCAACCUUAACCAAAACUGAUACACCUACCACUUCCAUAGUCAAAACAACAACUACUGCAACACCAUCAACAACCACCAAAUCCACAUCCACCACAACCACAUCCACUACAUCCGCAGGCAUUUAUGUAUUAAGCUUCUCACUGGCUAUGAAUGAAGAAUUUGACUUUGCACUCACUGAUCAACAUAGUGCAAAAUACCAAGAAUAUAAAACAAGAAUUGAAAGUUCAAUUGAUGGUAGUUACAGAAAUGUAUCUACCUACCAGGCCAACUCUGCGAAGGUGACUGGAUUCAGGUGA